AUGCUACCGUACCUCUUCCCUGACCUUGCUGCCUUUCCCACAGUCGCUGACCUCAUUACGCAACUCCGCACCAGUGACACUCGCUAUCGCGCUGCGCUUCCUGCUGAGUUCUGCGCCAAGAACCAACUCCCCCCCCAUGUACAUCACCCUCUAUUACAUCGUCACCCGGACGAGGCGGCAGUGGUGGUGGAGGUAGCGGAGGCGACGGAGGUGGCGGAGGCGGCGGAGGUGGCGGAGGUAGCGGAGACGCCGGUGGCGACGGCGGCGGUGGAGCUGCUCGCGACUCUACGCAGAGGAGUGGGUCCGGUGCGCGGUCGGGGUACUGGUCCCUGCACUUCCGUUCUCCGUACCGGCGACCGCGCUAGUGAGCAGUGCGGGGGCCCGCACUCCACCCAGCGCUGCUUCGGCCGCCUGACGGGCGCGUGGCGUUACCAGUUCCCUGAGGCGUAA